AUGUCACCAGAGCUGGAAGAGAAUAACCAAGGUGAAAUCAGUCUCCCCCAGCUAGAGGCAGGGAACCUGUCCGAGGAGGUUUGCGGGGGGGCGGCACGCCCCCUGGUGCCAGCACCCGGUGGGGGCCACGAGUGUGGCGAGGGUGGAGGAGGGGCUGCUGGCCAGACCCAGGAUGGGGCAGCGCCCGGGGCUGGGAAUGGGCCGGUGCCGGUGGUGGAGCGGGAGACCUGGACAAGGCAGAUGGACUUCAUCAUGUCCUGCGUAGGCUUCGCUGUCGGCCUGGGCAACGUGUGGCGGUUCCCUUACCUCUGCUACAAGAAUGGGGGAGGGGUCUUCCUGAUCCCCUACCUGCUGAUCGUGUUCGUCGGGGGAAUCCCGGUCUUCUUCCUGGAGAUCGCAUUGGGGCAGUUCAUGAAGCAGGGAGGGGUCUCGGCCUGGAACAUCGCACCCCUCUUCAAAGGUCUGGGCUUGGCCUCCAUGGUGAUUGUGUUCUUCUGUAACACCUAUUACAUCAUGAUCCUGGUGUGGGGCCUCUACUUCCUCUUCCACUCCUUCACCAAGCAGCUGCCCUGGGCCACCUGCGGACACCCCUGGAACACGCCCAACUGCACGCAGGACUUCCGCCGCGCCUGCCACAACCACAGCACCGCCUCACCGUCGUCGUCCCCCUCCAACCUCCUCUCCUCCACAUCGCCGCUGAACCUGUCAUCAGCCCAGCUGCUCUUCAACGGAAGCUGCAUGGAGGCUGAGGGCAUGCGCUCCCCAGUCAUCGAGUUCUGGGAACAUAAAGUGCUCCGACUGUCCGGUGGGCUGCACGAGCCCGGAGACGUCAGCUAUGAGAUGGUUCUGUGUCUCAUAGUCACCUGGAUCAUUGUUUACUUCUGCAUGUGGAAAGGAGUCAAAUCUACUGGCAAGGUUGUUUACUUUACAGCUCUGUUCCCCUACCUGGUUCUGGUGGUUCUCUUGGCCCACGGCGUCACUCUUCCCGGAGCUUUAGACGGUAUUGUUUACUACCUGAAACCAGACUGGUCCAAACUCGGAGAAGCACAGGUGUGGAUUGAUGCGGGCACUCAGAUUUUCUUCUCCUAUGCCAUCGGACUGGGCGCCCUGACUGCACUGGGCAGCUACAACCGCUUCCAUAACAACUGUUACCAGGAUGCAUUCUUGUUGGCCAUGAUCAACAGCGGAACCAGCUUCUUUGCAGGCUUUGUGGUGUUUUCUGUGCUGGGCUUCAUGGCUGCAGAGCAAGGCGUGGACAUCAGUAAGGUAGCUGAGAGCGGUCCUGGCCUGGCCUUCAUCGCAUACCCCAAGGCUGUGACGCUGAUGCCUCUGGCACCGCUGUGGGCUGCACUUUUCUUCUUCAUGUUGCUCAUUCUGGGCCUUGACAGUCAGUUUGUAGGCGUGGAGGGUUUGAUAACAGGAAUAAUGGACAUGCUACCGCCUAAAUCUGCCCUGGGCUCCCUGCGGCGAGAGGUGGUAGCUGCCAUCUGCUGCUUCAUCUGCUUCCUGAUCGACAUAUCCAUGGUCACUGAGGGAGGGAUGUAUGUCUUCCAGCUGUUUGACUACUACUCUGCCAGUGGCAUCACUCUGCUGUGGCAGGCCUUCUGGGAGUGUGUGGUGAUUGCAUGGGUCUAUGGCGCAGACCGUUUCAUGGAUGACGUGGCUCGUAUGAUCGGCUAUCAGCCCUUACCCUACAUGAAGUGGUGCUGGUCCUACAUCACGCCUUUUGUCUGUGUGGCAGUGUUCAUGUUCCACGUGGUGAACUACAAGCCGCUGACCUACAACACAGUGUACACUUACCCCUUGUGGGGGGAGGCGCUGGGCUGGGCUCUGGCCCUGUCCUCCAUGCUCUGCAUCCCCGUCACCGUCCUCUACAAGCUGCUGCGCUGCAAAGGAUCUUUGCGGGAGCGGUGGCAGCACCUUACCACCCCGGUGUGGGGCCGGCAUCACCUGGAGUACCUGGCGCCGGAGAGCGAGGCCAAGCUGCUGCCGCCGGCGGGAACCAAGAGCACGCUUCUGUUUGAAAGUGUCAUCUGA